AAAAGCCCUGACCUAAUUACUCGACAGAGAGCUCUCAUGGCACUUUGUGAUCUUGUGCACGAUCCAGAGUACGUCUAUCAGGCAGUACAUUUGGGUUUCAUGGACAGCCUGAAAACUUUGCUGAAUGAUGAAGACUCCACUGUCAGACAAAAGACAACUGAAGUUUUCCACAUCAUGGCUGGUCAUAAUAUUGGAAGGGAAGGUCUCCUAAAAAGUGACGUUAUUAUUCCACUCUCACACCUUCUGAAUGACCCGGUGGAUAUAGUUCGAAGAAAUAUGCAUCAAACGUUUGAGAUGCUCUCAGAGCUUCGAGCUGGU